AUGGUGAAGAAAGCCAAUGGCAAAUGGAGGAUGUGUGUAGACUUCACCGAUCUCAAUAAAGCAUGUCCAAAGGAUAGCUUUCCCUUACCAAGGAUUGACUCCUUGGUAGAUUAUACUGCUGGACAUGAGCUCCUCAGCUUCAUGGAUGCAUUUUCAAGAUAUAACCAAAUCCAAAUGCACGAAGGAGAUCAAGAGAAAACCUUGUUCAUUACUAACAGGGGGUUGUAUUAUUACAAGGUAAUGCAGUUCGGUUUUAAGAAGGUAGGAGCAACGUAUCAAAGGCUGGUCAACAAGAUGUUCAAGCAACAAAUUGGACGCAACGUAGAAGUAUACGUAGAUGACAUGCUAGUCAAAAGUACCAAGGCGCGAAACCAUGUUACAGAUUUGGAAGAAACCUUUGAAGUACUUAGGAAAUACCAAAUGAAGCUCAAUUCAACGAAAUGUGCUUUUGGGAUCUCCUCUGGAAAGUUUUUUGGAUUUAUGGUACCCCAAAGAGGCAUCGAGGCGAAUCCUGAAAAGAUUCAGGCUAUACUCAACAUGCAUUCACCCCAAAGCAUCAAAGAGGUCCAGAACGCGAUCUUGAUUAGGGAGGAGCAAAGGACACAGCUCCCAGUAUACUACACCAGUAGGGCAUUGAGAGGAGCUGAGUUAAGAUAUCCUAGAGCAGAAAAGAUAGCCUUUGCAAUGGUGAUAGCAGCUAGACGGCUACGACCAUACUUUCAGGCUCACUCAAUAAAGCCACGGAUUGCCAUCAAAGCACAAGUGCCUGCAGAUUUCCUUGCAGAAUAUACAUAUCCAGAACCAGAAGAGCCCGCCAAAGAAGAACCUAAACCAUGGGUCCUUCAAGUUGAUGGAUCAACAAACAGAGAAGCAAGUGGAGCUGGUUUGAUUUUAACAUCCCCAAAAGGACAACGCCUGAGCUACGCAUUUAGGUUUGAGUUCAAAGCAACUAACAAUGAGGCUGAAUACAAAGCUAUUGUGGUUGGGUUGGAAUUAGCUAAAGUCGUAGGUGUUAAACAUUUAUUGGCAAAAAGAGACUCACAGUUGGUUGUGGGUCAGGUUCUUGGGGAGUAUACGGUAAAGGAAGACGUAAUGCAGAAAUACUUAGAUAAAGUGAAGACCCAAGUUGCAAAGCUUCAAAGCUUUGGUACUGUCAGGAUUCCAAGAGAGGAAAAUAUUGAGGCUGAUUAUUUAGCAAAAUUGGCCACGACCAAAGAAGAUGGCAUUCCACGGAAUGCACUAGUUCGAUACUUAGAGUUACCAAGCAUUUUAGCUCUAGACAUACAGGUUCAAGCUAUUGACUACAACAAUUCAUGA